GACGGUGUCGGCGGCCGACCCGAAGAGGAAGCCCAGGAUAAUCAGGCAGUGUGGCCGCGGCCGGAUCUUUGGGCCGCUACCUGAUGUACUAUGCUUUCUUGUGAUAUUUGUGGUGAAACAGUAACCUCAGAACCAGACAUGAAGGCUCACCUGCUAAUUGUUCACAUGGAAAAUGAAGUUAUAUGUCCAUUUUGCAAGUUGUCAGGUGUGAAUUAUGAUGAAAUGUGUUUUCAUAUUGAAACUGCUCAUUUUGAGCAAAAUGAACUAGAAAGAAGCUUCGCGAGGAUCAAUACAAUACAGAUUAGAACUUCAGAUAACAGGAAGGACAACACCUUACAGUGUAGAAUGGAAGUUAAUUCUAGUGUCCAUUCAGCUUGUGCAUCUAAUCAUCCAAAAAUUUCAGCGCAAAGCCUGCCUUAUGAUGGUACUUUAAAACAUAAAACCUUUUAUUCGGAGAACUUAACUAAAUCCAGAAAAUUCCUUAAAAGUAAGGAAAAAGAGUGUGACCCAUCUAAGAUAAAAGGAUCAAUUUAUGAAACAACGUAUAGUUCUCCUGAAUGUCCAUUCUGCGGAAGAAUAGAAGAUUGUAGUCAAGAUAUGGAAAAUCAUGUGAAAACAAAGCAUGCUGAUCUUUUAGACACUCCAUCAGAAGACCAUGAUCAACCUCUGUAUGACUGUCCUAUGUGUGGGCUCAUCUGUACAAAUUACCCUAUUCUCCAGGAACAUGUUGACUUACAUUUGGAAGAAAGCAGCUUUGGACACGGCAUAGACAGAGUCCAGUGUUCUAGAGAUCUAGAGUUGGCUCACCAGCUUCAACAAGAAGAAGACAGAAAGAAGAGAUCUGAGGAAUCACGACAAGAAAUGAAAGAAUUUCAGAAACUGCAGAGACAAUAUGGCUUAGAUAAUUCUGGAGGAUACAAACAACAGCAACUACGAAAUAUGGAAAUAGAAGUCAAUAGGGGAAGAAUGCAUCCAUCUGAAUUUCACAGAAGAAAAGCUGAUAUGAUGGAAUCGCUAGCUAUUGGUAUUGAUGACGGAAAAACAAAAACUUCUGGAAUUAUUGAAGCACUUUAUAGAUAUUAUCAGAAUGCUGCUACAGAUGUGAGGCGCGUUUGGCUUUCCACAGGGGUGGAUCACUUUCAUUCAUCUUUUGGUGACAAAGGUUGGGGUUGUGGUUAUAGAAAUUUCCAGAUGCUACUUUCAUCAUUACUACAAAAUGAUGCCUAUGACGAUUGCCUGAAAGGUAUGUCAAUUCCUUGCAUUCCAAAAAUUCAGUCUAUGAUUGAAGAUGCAUGGAAGGAAGGUUUUGAUCCUCAGGGUGCCUCUCAACUUAAUAACAGGUUACAGGGAACAAAGGCCUGGAUCGGAGCAUGUGAAGUAUACACACUCCUGACCUCCCUAAGGGUAAAGUGCCACAUAGUUGAUUUUCAUAAGUCAACUGGUCCUUUGGGUACACAUCCUCGUUUAUUUGAAUGGAUAUUGAACUAUUAUUCUUCAGACCGAGAAGGGAGUCCAAAAGUAAUGUGUACAUCUAAACCUCCAAUCUAUCUUCAGCAUCAAGGUCAUAGUCGCACAGUUGUUGGAAUUGAAGAGAGAAAAAAUCGAACAUUAUGUUUACUAAUAUUUGAUCCUGGAUGUCCUUCUCGAGAAAUGCAGAAACUGUUAAAGCAAGACAUGGAGGCUAGCAAUCUCAAGCAACUUCGGAAAUUUGUGGGAAAUUUAAAACAUAAGCAAUACCAGAUAGUGGCAGUAGAGGGUGUCCUUUCUUCAGAGGAGAAAGUUGUAAGUAUCUACAUAUUUGAUUAUGUGAAGCUUGAACAAGUUGAACUUACAAGUUUAAGAUUUUUAGUUAAAAUCAGUGUUAUCCCUUUGUAUCUCAUUCUGCAUUAUUUUGGUUUUGUAUCAUUUAAUUUCUGGAGUGGACAUCUUUAAAUUUCAAAUACUACCUAAUGACUUUCAAAUACUUUACUCAGCUUCAUAAAAAUGUUUAAUCUUAUAUAAUGUAAUUGUUAAUGCCAGGCAAAUGAUGAAAAAUGGCAACAUAUGUGGUAAGAAAACCUAACUCAAUCCCAGGAGACCUAAUGCGUAUUGGUCUUAAUAAUUAUGGUUUAUUAAGUAUGAUUCUUAUAAUUAUUGUGGCUCUAUCUUACACAUCUGCAGUUACUGGAUAUACGACACAGUUCUAGAAUUUAACUUCAUACAGUUGCCUCUUUAUCCUUUACAGUUAAGUGGUGACUGGUACAUUCAGAAGAAUUUCUAGGUAUAGAAAACCCUCCACUUGGUAUAAACUGAAGUUACAUAAUGUUAUAUCAAUUCUAGAAAAUACAGUUCUCAGUAUCUUAAGAAAUUUCCCUACCAGACUACUCCACAUGAUUUGUUUCCCUCUGAGGAGAAAAGAGAGGACUAGAGAGGAGCGUUUAUGAAGAGUAAUAGGAUUACAAGAAAAAGCACUAAAAUCACUUGAAAUGAGAGAGAGAACUAGAGUUCAUCUUUUCAGCCUUACAACUUGGACUAUAAAGGUGAAGAUUGUUUCAGAAGUUCUUCAGUUAAUUACAUCUUAAAGGUUUCUUUGUUGUGUAUAAAUGCCAAAAUCACAUUAAUUUUUGCACCCUAUCAUUGAUUUGGCU